GCCGCACAGGCGACGCGCCGUUGCCUUCGCUGGCUUGAGGGUGAGCGCUGUGGCUUGGGAGGAACUCGCUACGCGCCGGCCUGGCCACACUGCCCUGACUGCUGCUGCACGCCACUCGCACUGCAAGCGCCUUGCUGCCGAGGGCGACCUUGCCCGAGCCUGCACUGCCCUCACUGCACCACCCGCCCUCGCCCCGAGCCCCGACACUCUAGUUAGUCUGCAAGCUAAGCACCCUCAGGCUCCCGACCUGUCUGCGCUGGGUUCGCCUCGCCCCGGGGCGGUGCCCGACUUUGAGAUCGAGGCCGUUGCUCAGGCUGUCCAAGGCUUCAAGCGGGGUUCGGCUCCUGGCCCUUCUGGCCUCCGUGCCGACCACCUUCGUGAGGCUCUUCUCAGUGCGCACGCUGACGAGGUUGCCACCGACCUCACCGGGCCAAGAGUCGCGGGAUUACUUCUGGCCUCUGCAAGUGAAGUGGGCGUGGGAGUGCCUUCAGGAUGCGAUGUGGCUGUGCACGCAACAAGGGCGUGGCUGCAUCAUAACUCUGGGCACGCGGACAAAAUCCUUGUCAAGCUGGACUUUCGCAAUGCGUUUAACAGCGUCGAUCGCACUGCCCUUCUUCGAGCGGUUCGUGCAGACUCGCCUGAGUGCGCCUGCUGGGCCGAUUGGUGCUACGGCUGCAGCUCUCGCUUGCUGUUUGGGGACUCUGUCAUUCAGUCCACGUGUGGCGUGCAACAAGGGGACCCAUUGAGGCCCUUGUUUUUCGCGCUAGUGUUGCAACCUGCCCUUGCCGCUGCCGAGGGACCGCUCGACCUCCGCUAUGCCUUCCUCGAUGACGUUGUCCUUGCCGGCAGUAGCGUGCCUGUGUGUCGCGCGCUUGACCGCCUCACUGCUGAGGCUGCACGUGUUGGUCUGGUCCUGGAACCCACCAAGUCUGAAGUGGUCGUGCCAAACUCCGGGAUCUGCCCCCUGGCUUCGUGCGGCGUGGCGGCGAGUUUGAGCUGUUGGGCGCCGCUUUUGGCGGGCCCGCCUACUGCAACCAUGGAGUUGCCCGACGCGCAGACAGCCCUGCUGCUCCUGCGUUACUGUGCCUCCCAUGUCAAGUUGGUGCAUGCCGCGCGCGUCACCCCGCCUCCCCUGCAUGAGCCUGCCCUGCUUGAGUUCGAUGAGCGUGUGCGCUCCUGCCUGGAGCACAUCGGGGCUUUAACCCUCACGCAACAAGCGUGGCGACAAGCCUGCCUCAAAGUUCGGCUUGGCGGGCUCGGGCUGCGCAGCGCAUCCCGUCAUGCCCCAGCGGCCUACAUCGCUUAUGUGUCUGCGUGCGCUGCCGCCUGCUCGCAACUCGACCCCAACUUCCGGCUUGACCUCUCGCAGCCUGUGGCCACCUACAACGCAGCGGUUGCUGCUGGCGACCGUGUCCCGCCUGCCCCACAACACGUCCGCCAACAACAGUUGUCUGCUGCGCUGGACGCUGCUGAACUCGCCGCCAUCCAG